AUGCCAUCAUCAAAGACAUCGUCAUCAUCAGGUGGUCAUAAGUCUGGUACAACAGCAGCCAGACAAGCUCAUUUAAAUAAUCAUGCUAACCAAUGUAAUCCUAAGCACCCUGAAUAUAGAGGUUUUCAGCCUGGCUAUCAAGGUAAAGGUACAAAAGCUGAUUUGAUUAAUCAUGCUAAGCAAUUGAAUCCAACUAAUUCCUUAUAUAAAGGUGAACAAAAUUAA